UAUCACCUGUAAAUAACGUUCACAAUAACAACAACAACAAAGGUGUUGGAAAAUUAUCAGUAGAUUGUUAUAGAGUUCAACAUUUAGUUCCGAUUUCAGAUUAAAUUUAAAAAACAUCAUUGGUUCUUGGACUACUAAAUUUCACAUUGCUUAUAAAUAAAAAUUUGUGUCGCAUACGAUAAGAUCAUAAUGGCCCAUACAUAAACAAACAAGCACUGUGCAGUUCAGUACAUAAUUAAUAAUUUCACGUCCGGCAGAUAUAUAUUUUAAACUGAAAUUGAUGAUUUAUAAUAAUUUAUAGCUGACUAUCGAGUCACAUUUCACUAAAAUUAUUUUACUUUUUAAUCGCAAACAUUUCGCUGAAAAUAAUUCUUUGGCGUCAUCAACAAAUCUUGCAAAAUGAAGGAACUAAUGAACAAAUCAACUUGGGACCAGCCGUUCUCGCUUCAGAGUUGGUGUUCGGUGGCCCUGGCCUUAUGUGCGUCCAUCUUCUUCUUCGCAGCGUACGGGGGCACAUCGUGGUGGGUCGAGUACUACCCCAGACCCGACGGCCUGAUUGCAAUCGAGCCGAGGUCCAUGGGUCUGUUUCGAAUGUGCAUCAGGGGUGACUGCAUUUUUGAUUUGACCAACAGAAGAUUGGUUGCCCAGUUCGUACCACAAGAAUACAAGGAGGUGUCGCUGCUGAAGUUGCCGUGUAGUCAGUGGCUCAUGAGUUUCAAUGUGGCCUUCAUCAUCAUCCUCUUCGUUGUCUACCUUGGCUUCCUCGCUGGCUCCGAGACCUACUUCGCACAAGUCUGGCUGCAAAUUCUCAUUUCACAACAUCAACACAACCUCACAGGCAUCCUAACAGUGAUCUCGAUGGCAGUGUACGGAGCAUUCUUUCGAGGUUCACGGCCCACUCUGCCCUUCGGCUGGUCCUACUGGUUGGCUCUGGUGGCGGCCGUGCUCUUCCUCAUCAACGCCAUUUUCAUCUUCUUCAUCACACUGAGCGUCAGAAAGCACGUUCGAAUGUCUCCGAUGAAACUCUACGUUCUCCAGGAUCAGCAACAACAGCAGCAACAACAACAACAGCAAAUGCAAUUCCAACUUCAGCAACAACAUCUUCAGGAGCAGGAAAUUUAGUUGAUGAAGCCAAACCUUUCCCUCCCUUCCGUCCCUGUUUAUAUUGCACUGACCAACCUUUUUUCUACUUCACAAUUGUUUUUACAAUAUUGUAAUCAUGAUACAAACAUACUGUUGUUAUUAUUAUUGACCAUAUUAUUAUUAAUAUCGCGUCGAAACGAGCUGGUCGGUUACAGAAAUUUAAACACCGCGUAUUUUUUAUUUUUGCCGACAGAUGGGCAAAGAUAUAAAUAGUUACUAAAUUAUUGAUAUCCUCUUCCGAUUCUGCAGUCCUCGCGACUCGAACUAUGACGUCACAAAAAUUAACCACGAUCAUCACCAUCAUCACUAUUGAUAUCAUUACUAUUACUAUCAUCACCAUCUUAUUGAUAUUAUCACAAUUAAUGCUAUUUAUCGCCAUUUCUGCUGCUGCUGCUUUUAUUAUUAUUAUUGUUUAUGAGUUACUCAAUUUUGAAAAAUUAUAACUGUCACUUAGUUGAAUAAAUAGCUUGGUCGGUCGGUUGGUUGGCUGGUUGAUUGGAUGGUAGGUUGAUUGAUUAACUGAUUUAAGAGCAGGAAUAAAUAAACGAAUGAAUAAGAUGAAUGAAU